UUCGAAGAUGAGAGCAUGAAACUACGACAACUGAAACUUGAAAAUCAGAGAGCUCUUCUGGAGAAGAAGCAAAGGAAGAAACGUCUUGAUCCCUUGAUGGUUCAGCCAAAUCCUGAGGCAAAGCUUCGCAGGUCAAAGCCCAAAGGGUGCGAGGAGCAGGCUCCUUUAGUAGAAAACCCAAUUCCUUUCCACAAUGAUGCUACAUUACAUGGCAUUGAUGGACCAGCUGCUUUCCUGAAAUCAGAAGUGCAAGACUUAGGGACCAAACUCCAAACUCUCUCUGCUGGAUCUUCCAUAACAGAAGACAGUGCAGAUCAGGAAAAUGAUGGAGAGGCCCUUACAGAAACAGCAGGCAAGCCAGAUCUGCAAGAACUCUUACAGAAACGGGGAAUUUCAGGAAGUUUGAAUUUUGAUGAGGAGGACACAGAAGAGGAAGAAGAAACUAAUAAAAGACCAUGUCCUGAAUCUGAGAGACCUAGUUCUGCAACCAGCCUGAAAUCUUCUGCAGAAACAGGUGCUUCCUGUACUCCAGCCCCUCAGGCAGAUGCACAGCUGGGAGAAGUAGAGAACUUGGAGGAUUUUGCAUUACAUCCAGCACCCCGUGGUAUUACAGUCAAAUGUCGAAUCACUAGAGAUAAGAAGGGAAUGGAUCGGGGCUUCUUCCCUACUUAUUACAUGCAUCUGGAAAGGGAUGACAACAGAAAGACAUUCCUCCUUGCAGGACGAAAGCGGAAAAAGAGCAAAACAUCAAAUUACCUCAUAUCAAUUGACCCAACUGACUUAUCUCGGGAAGGGGAAAGUUUCAUUGGAAAACUCAGGUCAAACCUCAUGGGAACUAAAUUUACAGUCUAUGAUCAUGGAGUUAACCCAGUCAAGGCCCAAGGUCUAGUGGAAAAGGCUCACACUCGACAGGAGCUUGCAGCCAUUUGUUAUGAAACCAAUGUGUUAGGAUUCAAGGGUCCCAGGAAGAUGUCUGUGAUCAUUCCAGGAAUGAAUAUGAAUCACAAGCGAAUCCCAAUUCGGCCCCAAAAUGAGCAUGAGAGUCUGCUAUCAAAGUGGCAAAGCAAAAACUUGGAGAACCUCAUUGAGCUACACAACAAAGCUCCAGUCUGGAAUGAUGAUACUCAGUCUUACGUUUUGAACUUCCAUGGGAGAGUCACUCAGGCCUCAGUGAAGAACUUCCAGAUUGUCCAUGACAAUGACCCUGACUACAUUGUGAUGCAGUUUGGUCGUGUAGCAGAAGAUGUGUUCACGCUGGACUAUAACUAUCCUCUCUGUGCUCUCCAGGCCUUUGCUAUUGGACUUUCCAGCUUUGAUAGUAAAUUGGCCUGUGAAUGAGAGAGACAACAGGCUCGAGCCACGAACUCCCUGCCAACCUGCAUCCUGCUGUCUGAGUUC